UCCAGCAGCUGGUAGUAGUUGCUAGAGCGCCCGAGCAGGCAAGCAGCCAACGGGCAACAUAGCACACACAUUUCCCCACUCCAUGUGAGAUAAGCCGAGCCGUCUUACUUACAGGCGACAGAAAAUAUGCUGUACGGACGCCUGACGUAUUCCCCAAGCGGCGUUUGAGUCAUCAUUGUCACCCGGUUUUCAUUUUGGAGGAUCCUCCCUCCAUCCUCCGGAUCGCACCCGAACAGGCCAAUGACAACGGUCUCAGCAACCCCGCAGCAGAUGAGGGAACGGCUGCUGCAGGCCAUCGACAGUCAGAGCAAUAUAUGCAAUAUGGUGGUUGUACUGGAAGUAAUUGCCUGUCUUGAAAAGUAUCCUAUCACCAAAGAAGCACUUGAGGAAACUCGACUAGGAAAAUUGAUCAACGAUGUAAGGAAGAAGACGAAAGAUGAAGACCUGGCAAAGCGAGCUAAGAAACUCUUGAGGAACUGGCAAAAGCUGAUUGAACCUGGGCCGGCUGUGGCCGCAAGUGUUCCUGGCUCUACCAAUGGCAGUUCUCAUCCCUGCAGAACUGAUGCCUCUCCUUCUGACAUUUCUGUGCCAGGGAAAGGUGUCCCUGAAGUCAAAAUCAGAAAUGACGUUCAUAACACAUAUUCACCAAAAGCUGAGAAAUCAAGCAGCCGCAAGCGCCGGGCAGAGCACAGAGACAGUGGAGUGUACUUGCAAGAAAAAAUCUCCAAAAUGUUCCCGUAUGAUAACUUGGUUUCAACGCCACCCACCAAUGGGAUUGCAGGCAGUCCGGAUGCUCUGCCUGACCAGGAGGUUGUCCCGUCUCCUGACAGAUCUCGUGUAGAGCACCUUGAUAAUGAUAAAAUAAACAGAAUUCCGGUUAAUGCUGUCAAGCCUCGCCCCAGCUCCCCUGGAGUGGCCAAACUACCCAGCACUUCCUCUUUGAUUAAAGUUGCUGUGAUGCAGCAACAGGCCAGACUGGAUGAAGGAGGAGGGGGCUAUUAUCAAGCCAGAAGUCCCCGUGGCCUCACUACAAGCCCAAGGAGCACGAAGCAAGACACACUGACAAAGCGCUCUUCAGCAUAUGCACCAAAAGGAACAUCGGUCCCAAGCCCUUCUUCUAGGGACUCUCCCUCUCUUUCCCAGCCUGUGUCCUCCCCGGCUUCAUCUUAUGCUGACAAGCUGCCACAUUCUUCUAAUAGGUCUUCAGUGCACUGGGCCAGUAGUUCAGAAGCCCCCUCUCAUUGCCUAUCACAAGACACAUCUGCAACACUGGAAUCCCCAUCAGUCUCCCCCUCUCUCUCCCAACAGAACUCAGAACCACACAGACAGACGUCUGAGGGAGCCAUGGCUGUGUCCGAUGACACAGAUGGGACAACGGUACCAAACUCGGAGCAUAAAAGGAGGAAGUACAGGUCUAGAGACUACUCUGUCAACUUAGAUGGCCAGAAAAUGGAGGACACCACUAAACCUGUUCGAUUAAAAGAGCGUAGAAUAACAUUUGACCCUGCCACAGGCCAGAUUAAACCUCUAGUGCACAAAGAACCUUCUCAAACAGAUGAAGCACCCACUCCUGACCCCCCUGAGUCUAGGCAGAGAACUGAAAGCACUGUACAACAGUCCUCUGGUGCUGCUGUAGCCACAGCUGCAGCCCCAGCCCCAGCCCCAGGUCCUAGCCCUAACCCUUUCCACCACACAAACUGGAAGGAGCUGUCUAGAAAUGAAAUCAUCCAGUCCUACUUGAACCUUCAGAGCAAUGUCCUCACCUCCUCGGGUAUUCAGGCCCCUAGUGCACACUUUUUCAUGUCGGAUAUUGAAAAAGAAGAACAGGAGAUUAAGGAGUUACGGAAGACGCACGUUCUGCAAACGGACAGCCCGACAGGUGAUUUGCCAGGCGUUAGCCGGGAGGUGACGGAUGAGGACUUGGACAGGAUACACACACAGCACUGGCAGGGGGUGAACGGUGUUUAUGACACCAAGGGCACCUGGUACGAUUGGACAGAGUGCAUAUCACUGGACCCUCAUGGGGAUGAAAGCAAAUUGAACAUCCUGCCAUAUGUUUGCCUAGACUGAGGGGUAUGGGAAGGUUGCAGUCCUUUUCCACUCCUUUACUCGUCUCACCACCGAGACGAGGUACUUUGUGAUUUUGUUUGUCCACUGUGAGUUUGGCGAAAAUCAGGCCUGCUAAACUCCCCUCCCCAUGCCUCAUCCUCUUUCUGUGAUAAUCUAUUAAGGUUUUGAUAUUAAAAAAAAAAGUGUAAAGAUUAAAAGACUAGUUGAGUUUGUAAUAUCAAGGGCUGUUUCUGUUUUAUUUUUCAAACUGAAAGCCACAGGAAUGAGGCCCGUAUUGCAGAGUACUGCUGCUAACCAUGAAGACAAAAAAGAGGACAGAAUUAUCCCAGAUAACCCAAAUAGGUGUAACAAUGUGAUGAUUUUUUUUUUUUUUUUUUUUUUAAUGUUUGGAAUUGUACCGCUCUUUGAGGCAAACUGGGAUGAUGCUGUUUCUUUUUUGGUUUUACCUUUUAGUUUCUAACAAGGAGUUAUGAACUAGGGUUAAGGGAAGGCUGGGGUUUAGCUGUCCUGUCCAGACCACCAUGUUGGUGCCCAGAAAGGUGUUGAUAGAGUUCAUCUAGCACAGUUAGAGCUGAACAUGUCCAGGGUAUGAAGUACUGGAACAUAUUUGGCAGUUACAAGAAGCUUUAUGUGAGAUAUAAAGAGUAAAUUAUAAACUUCUUAUCAUGUAUACAUCUAUUUAUUUUUGACCAGUUCAUUUAUGGGAUGUUCAUCAAAACAGAUGUUCAUAAGAAACUAUAGAUUCUUUUGUUUUCUCUUCUGUUUGCAUCACUGUGCUCUCAGCCUAAUCUUCAAUGUUAAAGGGCGGUGGGGUGGGCAUACAGAUGUCUGUGUUGUCCUUUCUUUAAGGUUGGCCAGUGUGUUUUUGGUUAUUUACAUUCCAGACUCCACCCCUUCAACCAACUUUCGCUCCUCUCCGUCUCAUCACGCAGCCUAAUGUCCAGGUCACGAAGAUUCAUCUGGAAAUUAACGAUUUCAAAUCAAAGCCGUGUGGUGCUAAUUUAGUACAUUUAAAGGUUUCCUUCCAGUCAUUCGUUCCCAAAUAUUAAAGAAUGUCCCAGCUGCUGGUUGCAUUCAAUGACAAAAGCAAGGACACGUUUGAAUGCUGGAACUCACUGUUUGUUUCUUUAGAUAUUGUUUGCCUUCUGAAAUUCCUUAAUAAUUUUCUGAACUUUAAACAGCCUUAGUGAAUGUACAGGAUCGAGACCUCUUAUGCACUUGUACAUAAGUUGACAACUUGUUGGUCAUUUCUUUACUGACUUCAUUCGUUCAAGUGUGAACAGUGACUGAUUCUCCCAUAAUGUGCCCGUAGUUUAAUCUGAAUUUCAGACACAUUUACAGAUCUCGAAGCUGCUUUUUUUUUUUUUUUUUCAGACUUUAGAAAACAUUUAGGUUGCAGAAUGAGGGUAGCAUUUGUUUUGCUUAAAUUAAAAAAAAAAAAAAUCAAACAUUUAAGAGAGAAAGAUGGAGAGAGCUGUGCGCAUCUGAUGGUCUUGGUGUUUUUUCAUGUGACGAUAUUUCAGUUUGACUCCCCUUUAUCCUCAGUGAUCGCUGCCACCUUUCUCACAUGAUUUAAAUGAAGAUUGGCUUCUGUGCAGCCUCUCUGUCCAUUCAUUCUUUUUCGGUCAUCCAUUCCUACAUACCAAUGUGCCUUGGUAAUUAAAAGAAAAAAAGAUAAAUCUGGAUUUGCUUCCGCCUAAAACACGCCUGUCUGGAGCUGGAUUUGUACGUGAGAAUCCCAAAUCCCCACGAUCAAUAUGACGCUGGUAUAUGCACCGUUUUCUGUUACUUUUUUCUACACACUGAUCUAGUGAGGGGUGAAGCUGCAGACAAUGAGAAACUGCACAAGAACAGCAACAACACAGCUGGCAAUAAUGGAAAAGUGCUACGACUGGUUGAAAAGAAUCUGUUUUCCUGGAGUUUUGAUGGGGACAUCUUUAUUUGUUCAGUGUUUAACAUCUCUCAGUUGUUUGAAAAAUAAAAAGA